CUGAGGAGGAGAUUGUAAUUAUCCUGAUACUCUCGCUGCCAGACCUGGUUUGUAAAGUCUAUUCCCGUGUGGUUCCCAAAAGUCCUUUGCACCGAUCUAUUUGACCGGUUUAAUUUCCUGCCAUGGCAGUUUUCCCAACCUCAGGACACGCAACUCUGCUUCUCACCGUCUCACUCACCGUCUAUCGUGUGGCCGGGAAUGAGAUCCUGGGGCUGAAGAUACCUGCAGACCCGAUCCUGACUGCCAACACGGUCUGUCUGACGCUGCCGGGACUGAGCAGACGCCAGAUGGGGUUGUGUGUGAGGAGCCCUGAUGUCACGGCGGCUGCGGUUCAGGGUAUUCAGAUCGCUAUUCACGAAUGCCAGCACCAGCUCUGGGAUCAGAGAUGGAACUGUUCGACCCUGGAAAACGGUGGAAAAAUCCUGCAGGACACCGUCAUCCUGAACAGAGGGUUCCGUGAAAGUGCCUUCAUGUUCUCCCUGUUGGCUGCUGGGGUCACCCACUCGGUAGCCACUGCCUGCAGCCUGGGGAAGCUGAAAGGCUGCGGAUGUGACCAGAAGCAGAGAGGAGGAGAUGAGCAGAACUUGCGAUUCAAACUCUACCAACUUCGGGUACAGGCCUUGACCCAGGGUCUCCCUGUCUCUGUUCCUAAGCCUGAGGGACUUUUCUCUAGGAUCCAGGACUCGUGGGAAUGGGGUGACUGCAACCAUGACAUCGAGUUUGCAGAGAAAUUUUCCAGGGAUUUUCUGGACUCACGAGAGACAUCGAGGGAUAUCCAUGGGAGGAUGAGACUCCACAACAACAAAUUGGGAAGGCAGGCGGUCAUUGACAACAUGAAACGCAAGUGUAAAUGUCACGGCACCUCUGGCAGUUGCCAGUUCAAAACCUGCUGGCAAGUGACCCCUGAUUUCCGACAGGUCGGGGCUGUGCUCAAGGAGCGGUUCCAGAACGCAGUUUUCAUCAAAACUCACAAUAGAAACACAGGCCAGUUCAGCCUGAAGCAAAACAGGAGACGGAUUUACAAGGACAUGGUGUACUUCGAGAAGUCCCCUGAUUUCUGCGAGAAGGACCUCGGCACGGACUCACCAGGGACACAGGGAAGGGUGUGCAAUAAAACGAGCCAAGGGAUGGAUAACUGUGACAGUCUGUGCUGUGGGAGAGGGCACAACAUCCUCAAACAGAGCCGGAGUGAGCGAUGCAACUGCCGUUUCCACUGGUGUUGCUACGUGUUGUGUGAUGAGUGCAGAGUCAAUGAGUGGGUCAGUGUCUGCAAAUAAUCAGUGGGCAGCUGCAAUUGGGAUGCAUUUCCUUCCAAUGUCAUUUGGAAUCUUUGUAUCAAAUUUUUUCUCCUUUUACUACCUACUUUGAUGGACAGGUUGAAUACUUAAGGAUAACAGUGAUUCUAACAGUGAUUCUUAUCCGAUUGGUUUACAGGAAUCAGUUUAAACUUGUAGCCAAAAAAAAAAUGCAACUGCCCAUUUUGAUAACACUCCAUUCCACUUGAAAUAACCACUCAAUCUUUCCAGAACUGGCUGACAAAAGGAAACUAUCAGAAGGUUUUCAGAGUCCAAUUUAAAUACUAUAGGUUUACCUUUACCGGCUUAGCUUAUAGAAUACAAUGCUUCAAAAUCCUUUUGAGAGGUGUUUUAACUGCCAGUCUUUGGGCAGAUUGUCCAGCUGCACCCGAUGCUUUCAAUGAGGUGGGGCUAAACUAGAACACUCCUGACCACGAGAGAUGUGCCUAGCAAGAGGCUAGUGAUAGGCUCCCCUCCACGUUCCAAUGAUCAGUGCCCACUGUGCACGUUGCCCUGUUUGCAGCAGCUGCAGGCUAAAUGCCCUGGCCUUAAAGGUCACUUCAGUGACAGAAUGGGCAACAUCAAUUCACAUCCUGUGGGCUUUCUGGCUGGAUGAGCUCACGAAUGUCAGUCUGAUGUCAAGGAGGAUGUUAGCCAGAAAUCUCGGCAACCAUAUAAGAGACCAUGCUGUAGCUUAAGCAGGAGGACACCCAGAAAAAGAGCAAAGUGGAUUCUAGGGGGAAACGCAAAAGAGCGAAUUGAACUCAAGGCACCUUGCCAGAGUGUUAGUUGUGAAAAGAAGAGACAAGAGAGAGUUGAAAAGUCCAAAGUUUAAAUCACCCUCUGGUCUUUGAGAGAAUGGGUCAGUGGAUUGGGUAGGGGGUGGUGGUAAGCAACAAUCCAGUCUACAAAGAGAGCUGGAAGCGUCUGAGCGUGACAUUUGUUGGAGAAUAUUAUUCAGAUAGAUGGGAGACAUUGGAAAAGGAUUAGAAACCAGGUGCCAAGUGUUUGGUGCAGUCAAAGCUAAUAGUUAGAGGACAUUGUGAGAAAGAGAUUUUAGACAUUGAAUGUUUUGAUUGUCUGUGGGUUGUGGAGGGUAAGAUGAGAGGAAAUCGCUUCUCAUGGGCUCUGAAACUGCAGCUAGGUGGGGACGUAACCGAGGUAGGCUGAUAAUUCUGGCAUUGAAGUUUCAUUUUGUGAUUUUGUUGGUCAGUGUACAUCACCAGGCACAGCCUGAGUGAACAGUCAGGAAGCCAUAGGUACUGGUGACAGACAGACAGGCUUCAGUCUUAUGUAACUAGUACAUUGGUGCAAUGCUAGAGAGGUGUAGCUGCCCAGACAUAUACAACAUUAAAAGAGAAAUGAAAGAUUGUUGAGCUGGAAUUUUAUUUUAGCCAAAGCUAUCCUAAGUUCCACGUUAACGGUUGGAGGGGAUCAAAUUAGGAUCUCAUGGUGGGGGGGGGGGAGCUGCUUGAAGCAAACUGUUAGCAUGAAAGCAGUCCAAAGACUAUCUGUUCCACUUGGACUUUUAAUUUUAAAUUCACUUUGAUACAUACAGUACAAAGGAUUUCCUGCUAAAUUAUAUAUCAUUUAUGGUUUCACCAAUGUUAUUCCCCACUAAUAACCCACAUUCCGGCCAAGAAGACUCAGAUGUUAAAUUCUUCUUUGCAAAGUCCUCACCAUAAAGGGAAGUGGUGGGUUGGCAAAUGCAUUUCCUCAUUAACCGUCAAAGGAGAAGAGAAAGCGGCAUUUGAACUAUUAAUGGAAAAAAAAACUGUUUAAAGAAAUGUCUUGCUCUGUGAAGCCCUGUACCUACACCUGUGAACACUUCCUAACUGGCCUACAAAUAUUCCCCAACCAGAAAAGAUCUUUUUGAAAUGGAAAUUGACUGGGACAGCCGAUAAAAGAUGUUCCAACUUCAAAGCCAGGUGUUCAAAUUGUUUGGCGGACCACCUUAAUUAACUUAUUUAAUAUCCUGGGGCAGUACUCUUUAACAGCCGCAUGGCAAGCCUUAGUCAUCAGCAUUCCUCAGCACAUGCCCUAGUAUAUCUUAAUGAUUCCUCUAAGAAUUAGAAGGUACUUCAAAAAAUUUCUUGCUUUUGGCAGUAACACUGAAAGUUAUACUGAAAAUUAUUAACGAGCAACAUAUUUCUCCUGAACUAUUCUAUUGUUUCUUUAAUCUGGAUUAUGCAUCCACACUUGUAACAUCAGUAUUUAAUAUUUAGCUACGUAGUUGCUUACAGCAGUAUGUGGGCGUUGUUGGACAUAACAGUGGUGCCAUGCAUGGACAUCACAGCUGGCAGAAUAGUACGAGGAAGCAACAUCUGCACUGUGGUCCAGCUCCAGGAUGGAAUGUAUUUUGCCUUUUAUCUGCAAUGCCUCUUGCCAGAUUUGCAAAUUUGGGAUGUGUAUAUUCUCGAGCUUCUGGAAAUUCUGGGCACAACAAGUCCCUAUAAACUGCAGGGGAAAGCUUGCUGUACUGCUUAGAGUGAACUUCUGUCUUCCUCCAACGCCCUGCCAUUUAUUGCUGCUUGUUCACUUGCCCAGGCCCAAGUCAAACAUCCCUUACCCCCUCUCCUCCUUUGUGCAGGUCUUUGGAUGCAUGCCUUAAUGUCUCUUUGUACAACUCAGCAUCGAUUUUUUUAUUGUUCAUAAUGUUCCUGCAAAGCAAUCAGCUUUACUGCAUUAAUGGUCCUAAGCAAAUCUAAGUUCUUGUCUACCAACUGACGUAGCUUUUGAGAUUUGUUGGUAUUAGGGCCAACAAAGUCUUUGGUGUAGUGAAUUAGACACAACACUAAUUUCAUUUAUUCCAUACUAAACCUAUAUUUAAUGCUAGGCCAAAAAUUUUGAGGCAUAGUCUCCAGUCCUGCUUAUAUUUACAGAAAUGUAGGUGAAAUAUGAUGUCAGAAUCUGAUUUUAAUGUAUCAAUCUGAAACUAAUAGAUG